AUGGCUUCAAAGGAUGCUUUUGGGGACAUUGCGCCCUCCAGCAAGGCGCCAGUGGACGAGGAACAGGACCAGAUCUCGAAGAUCAAGGCCACGGAUCGGGUGAUACAGGGCGCCAAGGCAGCAACGGAGAAGGAGCAGUCCAUGACUCUGGCCCAGGCGGUCCGCCUCUACCCCAAAGCCAUUGCAUGGAGCGUCCUAAUCUCGGCCUGCAUCAUCAUGGAGGGAUAUGAUGUCUGUUUGAUCAACAACUUCUACGCGUUCCCCCAGUUCAACAGAAAGUACGGCGAGCAGCUGCCAAACGGCGAAUGGGAGGUGCCAGCUCCGUGGCAAGCCGGGCUCAGCAAUGGUGCUAAUGUUGGCGAACUUAUCGGUCUUCUAAUCAACGGCUGGGUUUCGGAGCGUUUCGGUUACCGGUGGACUGUCAUUGUGUGUCUGAUGCUCAUCAACGCCUGGACCGCGCUUUUCUUCACCGCUCAAAAUGUUCAGACCCUGCUGGCGGCUGAGAUCCUCUGCGGUAUUCCAUGGGGCGUCUUCCAAACGCUCACGAUUACAUACGCUUCCGAAGUCUGCCCCGUCGCCUUGCGCGGCUACCUGACUUGCUGGAUCAACUCUUGCUGGGGAAUCGGCCAGCUCAUCGGAAUCGGCGUCAUCAUGUCCAUGCUGAACCGGCAAGACGAGUGGGCCUACAGAAUCCCGUAUGCGCUGCAGUGGAUGUGGCCAACACCGCUUGCCAUCGGUAUCUUCUUCGCGCCCGAGUCGCCGUGGUGGCUGGUGCGCAAGGGCAAACUGAGCGAGGCCAAAGCCGCCCUGUUGCGUCUGACCAGCCUGAACCGCGAGACCGACUUUGACGCCGACGAGACGGUCGACAUGAUGGUUCAUACAACGGCUCUGGAGGAAAAAACCACGAGCGGUGCCAGUUACUGGGACUGCUUUAAGGGCCACGACCUGAGGAGAACCGAGAUUGUUUGCAUGGUCUGGGCCAUCCAAAACCUUAGCGGCAACUCCUUCUCCAACUACUCGACAUAUUUUCUCACCCAGGCCGGGCUGGAUUCCCAGGAUGCCUACGGCUUUGCGCUCGGCCAGUAUGCUAUGAACAUGGUCGGAGUAUUCGGGGCGUUUUACCUGAUGCACAAGGGCAUCGGCCGCCGGUCUCUGUACCUGUACGGUCUGUGCGGCUUGUGCCUCAUGCUGUUGAUCCUCGGCUUCCUGGGUCUCGUCCCUGAAGCCCACCGAAGGGAAGGAUCCAUUGCGACCGGGAGCAUCAUGCUUGGCUGGGCUUUGACGUACCAGCUUACCGUAGGAACCGUGUGUUACUCUCUGGUCAGCGAGAUCUCGACGCGGAGGCUGCAGAUCAAGACUGUCGCUCUUGGUCGCGUCCUUUACAUCAUUGUCGGUAUCAUUUGCAGUGUCCUGACGCCAUACAUGCUGAAUCCGGGAGCGUGGGACUGGAGCAACUUCGCCGGCUUCUUCUGGGGCGGCAUCUGCGCUCUCUGUAUCGUAUACACGUAUUUCCGUGUGCCGGAGCCGACGGGCCGGUCGUUUGCCGAGUUGGAUAUGCUCUUUGACAAGGGAGUCAGCGCUCGCAAGUUCGCUACUACCCGUGUUGAUGUCUUCGAGGAGGACAUAGACGGUGACUUUAUGAGCAAAUAUCACCGGCAGACCCAGGCCGUAGAGAAUGUAGAUGCUCCCCGUGGGCAGUAG